UACUGCAGCGGGAAGCAAGCAUACUAAAGGUAUACAGUACAGAGUACUACAGUUCUCGUAUCGAAGCCUUGCGUACUGAGCCUUGCGUACUACCUUCCGUAGACCAACGGCACAGUACAGUUUUACUGUAGUGGUUUGUUGGUCUUCUAAGUUACGUUUCUCAGAACUACAGAACUACUGCAAGCCAAUUUAAAGAGCAUAUCAAUUUUCUUCUAUCUGGAAUUUGCUGUUACAGCAGGUAUUUUUGGAGCUCAAAUCAACAGAAUGUCAGUCAAAUUUCAAGUAACACAUGCAGCAUAGUAUAGAAUAUGGCUUGUGAUUUCACCGAUAUCGUUCAGCUUGGAAGUACAUGUCAAUACAAGCACGGAGGUCUUCCAGAUAAUAUUGGCGCCGGGGUUUUUGUUGCGCGGAUAACAGAUUUCGGCAACUACGACGGAGAAAAUACCGUGGUUGCCAGGGGUGUUCUAAUUGUAGACGACGAAUUGUUGGAAAGCCUAAAAAGUCCGGGGAAACUUCGCGAACGACUGGAAAAGCUGUUGCCGCUUCGACGUGAUCAUCUGGUGACAUGCCACAAAAUCACGAUUUUUUCAUCUCCGCACCGUGGGGUUGUUGAAUUCAUGAACCCAUAUUAUCCGGAUGGAAGCCUUGAAAAGAAGCUGCGAGCCAUGAUGCAGAACGGAAAGUUGCUGGAUGCAGCUGUUGCUGUGCAGUACGCGGAGGAUAUUGCCGAUGGACUGGCGUUUCUACACCAGAACGGUCUAACGCACGGGAAUUUAAAGCCAAGUAACAUUAUGAUCAAACGAGCGAACGGCCAGCGGGACAGCCUUCUCAUCACCGAUUUAGAUUAUCUUGGUGCCCUUCUCCGCAGUAGGAAGGCGUCAUUAGGUUUUGGACAUUUGCGCGAUUGCGGGCGCUACUUGUCGCCGGAAAUGGUUUGCGCUUUUUCCUCCACACCAGUCCAGGAUUUGUGGACGAGCCUGCCCGGACCGCCAACGGAUAUCUGGAGUUGCGGUUGUAUUGUCAUGGAGCUGAUGCGCCGUAUUACGGGUGAUUCCAACGAGUUUCUACGCAAUCCCAAUGACGGGAGUGUAGCGGAAAUCCGCUCGGAAGAACCGAUGUCAGCCGUGCGUGUUGCCAUGCUGGUUUACAGUGGUCAUACACCGGUCGUCAAUGACGCGGCAGCAUUGCCGGUAGGCCUGGGGGAAUGCGUACGCCGUUGUUUGUCCAGUGAUAGCGCGGAAAGAAUUCCGGCUAACCAACUACACAGUCAGCUCUCCAGUAUUAGUGCCAAUCGGAAAAAUUUCUCUUCGUAAAUUUUCUCCUGCAGUAUUACCACGCAAAACUUGCGCUCAGUUUUUUCGUGCCCACGUGCAUCUUGCUGAUGACUAUAUUGUCUGGCAGAAGCAGUGGGAGUUUUCGGUUUUAUUGGGGUGUGGCCAAGUCUAAGGACCCCAUGUUAGAAAUUUUCGUUUUGGGGGCCACAGCCCUUUUGUCCCAUUAUUCUCUACGCCACUGCCUUCAAGGACAAAAAGAAGCAUCGCUGCUCCACUUUGGAUUAGAUGUUGUUCAGUUAUCCUAGGAGUCUCUGCCUCGUGGUGCUAGGCCGCCGCUGUUUUUUAAAGACAUUGGAAGAACUGUUUGUUUGUUCCUUCCGAGAGUCGCGCUUCUAUUCCUUUUGUUUCAGCUAUUAAUCUUGGA